AUGGGUUUAUCUUACCUGAAAUCGAAACGCCCGAUUCUCGUCUCAUGUCGAACGCUAUGUUCGAGCAAGAUUGCAUCUCAUCAGGGCAAACUUCAGAAGGUUAUUGCCCGAUUCGGUUCGCAAGGUAUUAGUCUAUUAUUAGCCCAGAAGAAAAGCCAUAAACACCCUAUAAAUUUAAGCACACACGUACGGAACAAGGUCGGCAUAUUUUCCUCUGUCAUGUGUUUGGUUGGAUCAAAGGCCAUGAAUUCCAGGUUCUUCUUUGAUGCUGGAAGGAGAUUUUUCCAUGGAAACAGAUCCCAAGUUCAAGUAUACACAAAGGAAACGAGACUAGUAAUUCCCUCAAUGCAGCGGGCUCUUGGUCAAAUUCAACGGGAAGUUCCUUGGGGGCAAUUGCUUCGCGACCCCAGAUUUCUCGUGAUUGGCUCGUGCGUGUUGAUCGCCCUCCUCUUCGGUAGGAUCGAGAGGGUUCCAAUCUCCGGGCGGUUUCAUUUGGUUCUGUCAUGCAAAACGUUGGAGAGAAAGUUGGGAGAAUGGCAGUUUAAGAAACAGGAAGAGGAACACCAAGGGAGAAUCCUCCCUCCAAGCAGCCCUGAAAGCAUUCGAGUGCAGCGGAUUCUGAGGGAGAUUGUUCAAGGAAUGCACAGCGGGUUGAGACUGGAGAAAGACUGCAGAGUCAGAGUGCAUGAGUGA